AUAAUUCUUCAGCUGCCCACGCCACCUGUUGGUCCACACCUUCAUCGAAGAGAGGCGUCGUUGAAUUGCUGAAUUCUGGAAAGUGUGUGUUUUGGUUGGUUUUCCGUGAAAAUGCUGUGGUUUCCCAUCAGCUAUCUCCUUGUGAUCAUCUCCUGGAUCACAUGGAGCGCCUGUGAGCUGAUAGAAGUGGAUCUAAACGGAUACAUAGCGUACUGUCCUUGCAUGGGGCGCUUUGGCAACCAAGCUGGAUGUGUGGCCCGAGGACAAGAGAAUCGCCUUUUGUUACAUGGCGAGAAAGUCUCUGGAUGGGAAGGAGACAAACAGCUGCAAUGCCAAAGAUGGAAAUCCCUUUGGGGCAUUCUGGGAUGAAUUCCAAGUAGACUUUGUCGACUCAGAGUUCUACGGGCCACUGAAUUACGAUGUCCACCAUGGUAGUGUAGCUGAGAAGUGGAUUGAGGGAUAUCCAGCCAAGAAAUUCCCGGUUCUGGCCUUUAGCGGUGCUCCAGCGUCAUUUCCUGUCCAGCGGGAGAAUCUCUUGACGAGGGCGCAAGAGUUCAGGCGAGAGACUCUGCCGCGUGGCGCCUUAAUGGGAAGUGCGCUUUAAUCUCUAUGUCUUGUCAUCGCAUUAAUCAGCGUCUCAUUUUGUGCGCUAAUUCUUUCAUGGAUUCUGGGCGAUCGCGCGUCUUGAGGAGGGAAAAUAAGUCAAUUGGUGAGAUCGUAAAUUUUCACUUUGAACCCAAUAGAAUUAAUAGUCGGGAAAGCCUCCAAUUCCGACGUCUUAAUUCCAACAUCGCCUCCGCAGAAAAGAGUUGUAAUCAGCAACUGUUGAUGUUUUACUGAGCAAAUUUGUAAAGAGCUUAUUAAUAAAUGUUUAUUAAUUUUUAUUGAUAACCCUCUUGAGAGUGGAUUUUAUCGU